GAUAUGUUCUAUGGGUUGAGUAUAACCUGGAACGUAUGUGUAUAUCAACAAAGCUUUGAAAUUUGAAAAUGAGCCGACAAGGUACAAGUAGACGAUAUAACUCGGAUUCUGACUCUGAUAGUGUCGAUAGCGCUGAGGAAGCCAGAAGAAAAGAUUUGAAAGAAAGAGAUGAGUUUGCAACUCGACUUAAAAAACGAGAUGAAGAACGAACAAGGAACAUUGUUCACAAUUCAGAUAAACGAGCAUACGAAGAAGCAGCUAAAAGACUUAAGUUGGACAAUGCAGAAAGAGAAAAACUUAUUCCUAUGCUUAGAGUUGCUUCAAGGCGAAAGUAUUUGGAGAAAAGGAAAGAUGAUAAGUUGCAAGAAUUGGAAGCUGAUAUAGCAGAUGAUGAAUACCUAUUUGAAGAAGAAAUUUUAACAGAAAGGGAAAAGAAGGAACGUCAACACAAAAAAGAACUGUUGAGACUUGCUCAAGAACAUGAAAAAGCUAGAGAACUCGAACGGGUCCAGAGGUAUCAUAUGCCCAGAGAUUUGGGAAAAGAUUCCACUGCUGAUUACAUUGAAGUGGAUGAAUUGGAGAAAGUACCACAGUCAGAACAAAAAAAAUGGGAGAAAGAUCAAAUGGCAUCUGCUGUAUUCAAAUUCGGAGCCAAAGAUGCUAUUAAAAAAGAGGAAUAUGAACUGUUAUUGGAAGAUCAAAUUACUUUCAUUCAAGCAUUGCAAAUGCCAGGUCUAACCGAAAAAAAAGAACCCGAACUAACUGAAUCAGAAAAGAAGAAAUUAACAAUAGAAGAAACGAAGAAAAGUCUCCCAAUAUAUCCAUUUAAAGAUGAUUUAAUUCAAGCUAUUAGGGAACACCAGAUUCUAAUCAUUGAAGGUGAAACAGGUUCUGGUAAAACUACACAGAUACCACAGUAUUUGUAUGAAGCUGGAUUUACAGAAGAUGGUAAAAUGAUUGGUUGCACCCAACCAAGAAGAGUAGCAGCCAUGUCAGUAGCAGCGAGAGUAGCAGAAGAAAUGGGUGUAAAACUUGGCAAUGAGGUAGGUUACGCUAUUAGAUUUGAGGACUGCACUUCGGAGAGAACCGUUAUUAAAUAUAUGACUGAUGGUACUCUACACAGAGAAUUUCUAUCUGAACCAGACUUAGCUUCAUAUAGCGUCAUGAUUAUCGACGAAGCACAUGAAAGGACAUUGCACACAGACAUACUAUUUGGUUUGGUUAAAGAUAUAGCAAGAUUUAGACCAGAGUUAAAAUUAUUAAUAUCCAGUGCAACUCUCGAUGUUACCAAGUUUUCAGAAUUUUUCGAUGAUGCUCCAGUAUAUCAAAUUCCGGGUAGAAGAUUCCCUGUUGAUAUUUAUUACACGAAAGCUCCUGAAGCAGAUUAUGUUGAUGCAUGUGUUGUAUCUGUCUUACAAAUCCACGUAACUCAACCUUUGGGAGAUAUAUUAGUGUUUCUAACUGGUCAAGAUGAAAUAGAAACUUGUCAUGAACUUUUGCAAGAUAGAGUGCGCAGAUUAGGUUCCAAAGUAAAGGAAUUGAUAAUAUUACCUCUUUACGCUAACUUGCCCAGUGACAUGCAAACAAAAAUAUUCGAGCCGACUCCUCGCGGUGCAAGAAAAGUCGUACUAGCUACUAAUAUAGCUGAAACAUCGCUAACAAUAGAUAACAUUAUUUAUGUAAUAGAUCCAGGGUUUGCUAAACAAAACCAUUUUAAUUCAAGGACUGGCAUGGAGAGUUUGAUGGUUGUGCCUAUUUCAAAAGCAUCUGCAAAUCAAAGAGCAGGUCGAGCUGGAAGAGUAGCAGCAGGAAAGUGUUUUAGGUUAUACACCGCUUGGUCGUACAAACACGAAUUAGAAGAUAAUACAGUUCCGGAAAUUCAAAGGAUUAAUUUGGGGAAUGCAGUUUUGAUGUUAAAGGCAUUGGGAAUAAACGAUUUGGUGCAUUUUGACUUUUUAGAUCCUCCACCUCAUGAAACCUUAGUCUUAGCUUUAGAACAAUUAUACGCCCUAGGGGCAUUAAACCAUCAUGGAGAGUUGACAAAAUUAGGAAGAAGAAUGGCUGAAUUGCCAGUAGAUCCUAUGAUGGCCAAGAUGAUUUUAGCUUCUGAAAAAUACCAAUGCGCCGAAGAGAUAGUAUCGAUAGCUGCAAUGUUAUCAGUAAAUGGAGCCAUAUUUUAUAGGCCAAAAGACAAAAUUAUCCAUGCAGAUACUGCAAGAAAAAAUUUCAAUCAUAUGGGAGGAGACCAUUUAAGUCUUUUAAACGUUUACAACCAAUGGAGGGACUCUGAUUACUCUGUACAAUGGUGUUAUGAAAACUUUAUACAAUACAGGUCUAUGAAGAGAGCGCGAGAUGUUAGGGAACAACUAGUAAAUUUGAUGACGAGGGUUGAAAUUGAGAUGGUGUCCAAUGUAUCAGAAACUGCCAAUAUCCGCAAAGCUAUUACUUCUGGUUAUUUUUAUCACAUAGCAAGAUUUUCAAAAGGUGGAAGUUAUAAGACGGUUAAACAUAAUCAGAGCGUCACCAUUCACCCCAAUAGCGCCCUAUUCGAUUCUUUACCUAGAUGGGUGCUUUACCAUGAACUUGUUUUUACCACAAAAGAAUUUAUGAGACAAGUUAUAGAGAUUGAAAGUAAAUGGUUAUUGGAGGUGGCGCCACAUUAUUAUAAACAAAAGGAACUGGAAGAUUCUACUAAUAAGAAAAUGCCAAAGACAGUAGGUCGAAGCACUAGGACUGAUUAGAAUGUGAUAUAAAUAGGAAAAUAUUUUUUUUUGUAUAUAUAAAAAUUUAACCAAA